UUCUGCUCCCUGCCGGUGUUGAGUGAACUACAUGGACAUCCGCGGCUCCGGCGAGCCACAGUGGAUUAAAACAGCGUGCGCGCGCGCGCGGAGAGCCACUCGAUCGACCACCGUGUGACCGAGUCACAAACCGACCGGCGUUGCCAGAGCGAGUCCGCUACAGCAGUUUGCGGCUGCGAGACGGCGAAGGGGGAAAAGGCUCUCAGGAAACUCCGCCGUGCAUUGUGUGUGUCAGCCAGGGAGAGCUCGGCGGGAAUGGCUUCAUCUCCGUGCAGCAACAGCAACUUUGAUUCCGGUCUGGAAAUCAAAACUCGCUCCGUGGAGCAGACUCUUAUUCCUCUAGUGUCGCAGAUCACAACUCUGAUCAACCAUAAGGACAAGCCAAAGAAGUCUGAGCGUACCCAGGCGGCCAUACACCGGGUGGGCCAGGCAGUGAAUGUGGCUGUGGGACGCUUUGUCACCGUCGGGGAGGCCAUCGCCACAGAGAACCAAGAGCUCAAGGAUGAGAUGGGUCAAGCCUGCUUCGAGGCACGAAGAGCAGGUGAUGCCAUAGCCCAGCUGACUGAUGUGGGACCAGCCUUGCCGCCCCAGUCGGAUGGACUCGUCACAGUGUUCAGUGAUAGGACAGGGAUGGUGAAGGCUGCCCGCUUGCUCCUCUCUUCAGUCACUAAAGUCCUGGUCCUGGCUGACCGCAUCGUCAUCAAACAGAUAAUCACAUCGCGAAACAAGGUCCUGGUUACCCUCGACCAUCUGGAAAGAGUCAGCACCUUCCAGGAAUUCGUACAGAUAUUUAGCAAGUUUGGCAACGAGAUGGUGGAGUUUGCCCACCUUACGGGAGACAGACAGAACGACUUGAAGGAUGAGAAGAAGAAAGCACGGAUGGCAGCAGCCAGAGCCGUGCUGGAGAAAUGCACCAUGAUGCUCCUCACGGCUUCUAAGACCUGCCUGAGGCACCCAGAUUGCGAUUCGGCGCGGAUCAACAAGGAUGCUGUAUUUCACCGGAUGCGCUGUGCCCUGGAGCAGGUCAUCGAGAUAGUCACCGAGGCACGGAGCUGUGGGGAGAACAAGAUCCUUCCCGCCAGCAUCUAUAACGGCAUCAAGGACUUCAAGUUUAGCGUGGAGUGCCUGCGGGAAAACCUGAACUCCUCGUCCCCCCAGAGCAUGGGCAGCCAGCUGGAGGCGCUGGUGGAGCGCACGGAGGACUUCACCGAUUCCGCCUACACCAGCCACGAGCAGCGGCAGGCCAUCCUAGGUCUGUGCCAGCUGGCACGCCAGGACACUCAGCAGCUGGUGCACACCUGGGCUGAGGCGCAGUCUGCCCAGGCCAAAGAAGCCACAGAGGACAUGGAGGUGGCCAUCCUGAAGACAUGCCACAGCGUCAGUGACCUCAGGCGCGAGCUCCAUAAGGUGGCAAUCAUUCGGGCCUCCGACUUGCUCAAAGUUCAUGGGGAGCAGUUGCCUCUACGGGCUCUCAAAGCUGCAGGCGCUGAGGGAAAACUGGAGGCAGUGGCGGAGUAUUCGCGCACACUCACCGAGCAGAAGGAGCAGCUGGUGGAGACGUGUCGUCUCCUGUGCCAUGUGUCGGGGAACGAGCCUCUGGAGAUUACCUGCAUACACGCUGAGGAGACCUUCCAUGUCAUUGGUCCGCAGAUCAUGUCGGCAGCCCAGACGCUGGCCCUCCACCCGUCCAGUAAGAUUGCGAAGGAGAACCUGGAGGUGUUCUGCGAGGCCUGGGAGUCGCAGCUCUGUGACAUGGCCCUGCUGCUGAGGGAGAUCAACGACGUCUUUGAAGGAGACAAACAAUCUUAUUUGUCACUUCCCAGACCCGGGAAACACUCAGCGAACUUGAAGACUGCCAAGGCCGUCAAGUUGGACCCAGAGGAGCAGACGAGCAUGGCCAAGCUGGGCCUGGAGCUCCGUCUGCUGUCAUCAGACGUGGACACAGAGGUGGAGAAGUGGGAGGAGCAGGAACACGACAUCGUCCGGCAGAGCCAGAGCCUGGCCAGUAUGGCAUACGACAUGUAUCUGUUCACCAGAGGGGAGGGGCUGCUGAAAACAACCCUAGAUCUUUUCCAUCAAGCUGAGGUUCUCUCUGAAGAGGGGCUCCAGCUGUGCUCAGCUCUUCGCACUUUUUCCACUCAGCUAGUUGAUGAGGAGAAGUCUGUGGUGAUGACAGAGAUGGAGAAGAUGGUGGCACUGUGCCAACAGCUGCAGAUGGGAGCCAAAACUCCUGUUCAGGGCAAGACUGCCACCUUCCAGAAGGUGGAUUCAUCCAUUCAGACAACCGGAGGUAUCCUGACUGUGGUUCUCUCUCUUCUACCAUCCUGCAACAAGCUCACCAGAAAGUACAAAUUGGAGAGGAGUACCCUGGGUUCCCCUCAGGGCUGGAGAGAGAUGCAGGAUGCCUCCACACCUGUCAGAGAGGAGGAAGCUCUUCACAACAAGAACAGCAACGGCUUUGGUGUUACGUCUCUGGAGCAACACAUGGUCGGUCUUAACCUCCUCGAGAGCAAAUAAUCCAGAAUAACGUCACCUCCUCUGUACCAGCUUCUCCCUCGGAGCAGCACAUAGACAACCUCCCCUUUCUGGAUAAAUAUUCCAAUUCCUGCACAUCCUUUACUCCCUUCAUCCUCAUGCAGCCACCAGAGUGGACUAGAGCAGUGUGUGUGGUGAAGACGGAAGCCUCAGGUCGUAUAAAGUUGGGAUGUGUUGUCUGGAUGAUGAGGUGUAAGCUGUACAGAGGAAAAAGCAGAUCCGAGUUUGCUGUGCCAAAUGGGGACGUGAACCCAGGGUAGAUGUUACCUGAAGCACCAGUUCCACAGCAGUCCACAAGAUGGAGACAAUCAGCCAACACUAUUACUUUGCCACUUGCUGUCAGCCGCCUCACUGACUUGAGUCAUUUUUAGCAAUUCUCUGGAUAUCGAGUUGAUAAACCGAUCAGAGCUCAUCUUAAUGCUCGGCUUCACCAUACGUCUGUCUUCACUAUGUGCCUGUGUUACAAGCCCAAUUGCUUCGUGGUGUACUGUAAUUGUGUUGCACAUGUUCGGGGGGGUGGGGGCAUGCAUGAUGUAAUCACCACCAAACCUUUGUGUUUGAGUCUCUUGUGGUCUGUGUAAUCAGCUGUACUUUUAGAUAUGUGUCCUGGCAUUCUAUUCAUCUCACUUUGAUAGAUAUGUAUUUAAAAGUAAACCGCGCCAUGCCAUAUGAUUGACAACUUUACAGUCUGCCAUGGAAUGUUAAUCCAAAAAAAAAAAAAUCACAAUUUAAUGCCAAAAACGAUUGUUUUCAAUUAUAAGCUAUGAUCUUCAUCUUGCAACUAGUGUAAAAUAUAAAGCUCAUACACCUCCACUUUACAUCACUGGAUGGCCUGGUUUCUCCAGUCAGGUGACAAAUUAAAAUGCAUCACUACGAUGGGGACCUUACUUUAUGCUGUAAUCAUUGUGUGUAGUUCUAAAUACUUUUUCCUUUAACAAAAUAACUGAAACAUAAUUCUGAAUUGGCACCCGUGUCAAUGGAGACUUGAAGUGUACUUGUUAUUAAGACUAUCAUUGUGAAGCUGCCUUGUAGGCCAAUAUGUAAAUGUAUAUGGUAUCUAUAAUAUGGUACUUGACGCAUAGUAUGUAUCUAAGGUAAUGACUUGGUACUCGAUAAGGUAAUAAUGACUGAGCUGAAUAACAUACAUUAGGCUUUAGAGCUACUCUGAACAAUUUAAGAGCAGCUAAGAAUGCUGGGUAUUGUAGUUGGGCUUUGUGAAGAAAUCUUGGAUCUAGUUGUCACCUUGACAAUUAAAAGGUUAAUAAAAGUGACAAACAAAAUAAAAAUAUUUUUCUUAAA